AAAUUUUACUUUCCUUACUUUCCUUUCGUAACUUAUCGAUGAGAUGUCUGUAGAUUGUUGGCAAGAAGUUAUUGAUGCUUAUGAUAAAUUAUUUGAAAAUGAUGAAGGUUAUGAUGUUAUUAUUUAUGCUGGUGAAAAUGAAAAUAUGGAAGAAUUACAUGCGCAUUCAAUUAUUUUACGUAUCAGGUCACAAUAUUUUCAUGCAGCACUCUCUAAUGAAUGGGCAAAGAAAAAGGAUGGAAAAUUUAUUUUAGAAAAACCAAAUGUUUUUCCAAAUGUUUUAAAAGUUAUCUUAAGAUUUAUUUAUUGUGGAAAAAUUGAUUUAACAAUAUUAGAAGGACCAGAUUUAUUUAGACUCUUAAUGGCAGUAGAUGAACUAAAUAUUCAAUAUUUAAUUCCUCGUGUUGAAAAACAUUUAAUUAAAUAUCAAUAUGAAUUUUUACAUCAAAAUCCCUUGAGAAUUCUUGAAACAAUUUAUCAAAAUGAAUCUUUUACAAGUUUGGUAGACUUUUUUUUUAAUAAAAUAUGUGAAAAUUUUGUUAAUUCAGAUAAAUUUAUUACUAUACAACCACAUUUAUUGGAAUUUCUUUUAAAAAGAGAUGAUUUACAUUUAGAAGAAGUUGACAUAUGGGAUAACUUGAUGAGAUGGAUUUUUGCACAGUAUCCUAAUAUUCCAAAAGAUAUUACUAAAUGGAAUAAUGAAGAAGUUAUGAUUAUGGAAAGGACUCUUAAUGGAUAUAUUCCUUUAAUUAGAUUUUAUCAUAUAUCUUUGAAGGAUCUUUAUGAUAAAGUAUAUCCUUUAAAAGAAUUAUUACCAAAAGAUUUAAUUGAUAACCUUUUUAAAUUUCCAAAUGAAAAAACAAAUAUUGAUAAACAUCUUCCCAGACGAUCAAAGUAUGAUUCAGUUAUCAUCGAAUUUCGGCAUUUUGCAUUAUUUGCUAGUUGGAUAGAUAAGACUAGUAAUGUUUAUUCAAGAAAAAUUCCUUAUAGUUUUAAUUUACUGUAUCGUGCUAGUAGAGAUGGUGAUACAAUUAAAACAUUUCAUGAGAAAACAGAUAAUUUAGGAGCCAGUAUUGUUGUUGCAAAGAUUAAAAAUACAAAUCAAGUGAUUGGAGGAUAUUCACCAUUCGAUUGGAGUGGAUUUGCUCUUUGGAAAGCUACGGCUGAUAGUUUUAUAUUUUCAUUUGAAGAUUACAAUAAUAUUGAAACAGGCAAAAUUGGAAGAGUAACCAAUAAGAAAUAUGCUAUAUAUGGUCAUAAUAAUUGUGGACCAGUAUUUGGCGUAAAUAAUAAUGUUAGUUGUGAUAUAAUGGUACGUUCAAAUGGUAAAUGGAGCUCAGAACCGCAUGCUUAUCCUGAUAUAGGCAUCCCAGGAAAUUAUGAAGUUGAAAAUUAUGAAGUAUUUCGAGUUUGUUAUAAAGGAUUUAAUUAAGGGAUAUUUAUAUACUGGAUUAUUUGAUAGAGGGGUUAAUGUAAAAUUUAAGUUAUUAUUAUUACUUAUUUUAUUUUACAAUUAACUAAAUGAUAAUAAAUUAAACGUUUAGAAAUUUUUACAAUGACCAAAUCUGAAAUUUGGAGAAAAAGUACAUUAGUAUUUAUUUAAUAUUUAAUUAUUUAUCAUAAUGACAAUUUCUUUUUUAUUUAUAACCAGAAGUUUUUUUAUUUUGUGAUCGAAGAAGGAUAAUUUAAUAUAAUUUAUUAGUACUUUUUUUAGGGGUGCAAGAAACGGAAAGGGCGAGAGAGAAAAAAAGGAGAGAAAGAAAGGAAAGGUAAAUAAUGGAUAAGAGGGCAUAAAAAAAAUAUUACAAAUCAUUUAUUAUUCUCUUCUACUACUAUUAUUUACAGUAACUUUAACAUAAUAUUCGCUCCAAACUUUAUUUCUUUUGAUUAACU